UUUAAUUCACUAUAAAACUAGCAGCCGUAGCGAGAACAAUUCAUUUUGAUUCCGAGUUAAACUUUACAAUUUACGGUAGAUAAUAUAAUAAUAUGUUUACUUGUUUUUUAAUAUUGUUUUUAAUAAUUGCUAACCCUAUACGGGGUGCACCUUGUUCGAGCGAAGCAACUGUCUCGGAAAAUGUCGAGGCCGAGGUCAUGGUGGAUGUCGAUGACGAGACUGUACCGGGUACACCGGGUUUGAGCAAAGAACGCGCCAAGGUCGUGGACAACGAUGAGAUUCUAAAACAAUCUUUCGAUGACUGCAGACAAUGGCUGAACAAACCUCUAGACUCUACUAUUACAUUGAAUGAAUUUUUCUUAUAUGCCUCUGAUAACAACCACCAAUCUGAAAAUGCCGUAAUAAUCUUUCUAAACGGGACUCAAGUUGGCGCUGCAACUAAUAACGCAAUCGAUUUACAUUUAUAUAAAACUCUUUUUAGCAUAAUUUGCAAAGUAAAUGGUCACACUCCAGCACAUUACGCUGCUGAUAGAAAAAGAGCAUCGAAAUUACAGGCAACGGGAGAUAUUGCCUUAAAUUAUCCGGAAAAUACCGGCUCAUACUAAAAUCAUGAUAAAAUUAAGCAGCUCAUUUGAGUUUUAUUUGGUUUAUAUUUUAAUGGAUAAAUUAUACAUGCAUAUUGUACAUAAUCAUAUAUAUUUUCAUCCAUUCUAAUACUGUUAUUUGUAUAUUUUUUUAUAGUAAUAAGAUAUAUUAU